UCACAGAAACUACCAGAAUAGAUUGUAGAUACAUCACUAUAAACAUCGAAUACCAAGGAAACAUACUCAACACAAGCAUACCAAGCUUUUCAAAAUGAUCGUCCCGCGUUUCGAUACCAUCUUCACCGUUGGCGCUGCCAUCUCCGCCAGCGUUGCCUUGGCUGCUCCCGCGGUUCAGCCUGCUCUCGAUGCCCGAGACUUGGCCGAGAACGAAGCCUUUCUCGCUGAGGACUUCACCGCCUUCAUCAACCGGCGUGACGAUGCUGACGAUGAUUGGCGCCGCCGCCGACGUCGUUUCGGCGACGUAGAGGGCGACGACGGCAAGAAGAAGAAGGAAGACUUCGCCGGACUUGACGAGGGUUGGAAACGUGGAGGCAACCCCCAAGACUUCUCCGACUUCAUCGAGCGACGCGACGAUGCUGACGAUGAAUGGCGCCGCCGUCGACGCUUUGGCGAGGCCGAAGUUGACGACGGCAAGAAGAAGAAGUCCGACGCUGAUGACGGCAAGAAGAAGGAAGCCAGAUCUGAGGAUGAUGGCAAGAAGAAGAAGUCCGACGCUGAUGACGGCAAGAAGAAGAAGUCUGAGGCUGAUGAUGGCAAGAAGAAGAAGGAAGCCAGGUCUGAGGAUGAUGGCAAGAAGAAGAAGUCUGACGCUGAUGACGGCAAGAAGAAGAAGUCCGACGCUGAUGACGGCAAGAAGAAGAAGGAAGUGAGAUCUGAGGAUGAUGGCAAGAAGAAGAAGUCCGACGCUGAUGACGGCAAGAAGAAGAAGUCCGACGCUGAUGACGGCAAGAAGAAGAAGUCCGACGCUGAUGACGGCAAGAAGAAGAAGGAAGCCAGAUCCGAGGAUGACGGCAAGAAGAAGAAGUCUGACGCUGACGACGGCAAGAAGAAGAAGUCUGACGCUGAUGAUGGCAAGAAGAAGAAGGAAGCCAGGUCUGAGGAUGAUGGGAAGAAGAAGAAGUCUGACGCUGACGACGGCAAGAAGAAGAAGUCUGAGGCUGAUGAUGGCAAGAAGAAGAAGGAAGCCAGAUCCGAGGAUGAUGGCAAGAAGAAGAAAAGAAGGAAGUGAGAUCUGAGGAUGAUGGCAAGAAGAAGAAGACGGAAGACUUUGCCAUGCAGCAAGAUAACUCUGACGACGACUGGCGCCGCCGCCGCCGCCGCGAGGGCGAGGAUGUCGACUUCACGGCUUU